CUGAAAUUUGUCUACACCUAUCAUCUCUGCCUUUUUAGUUUUGCGUGAAGCUGUUUAUCUCGUUCAAUUCCAACCAGUGUUAACAGGAUCUUGUAAUUGGCUUCAAUACUUACCUCGGUGUAGGUUCAGUAAUCACCUCAGGUCGGCUAUUCAAGUUGCGUGGACAAAGUACAAGAUGUACAGCAUCCAGCCAGCAGGCAAGUUCACCCACAUCUCACAAGUCCCAAGAAAUGUCCUCCCUCAAAGCAGACGUUUAUGUCUCCCCUCCCAUUCCCUGGAAGAAGCCCAAUGGCACCGUCGGCGGACCUUGGUCACCUAUCACUAGCACACUAAUCCACUCACCUUCCUCCGCGAUCCUAGUCGACACUCCCAUCACCAUCUCCCAAACAACGGACCUGAUAACCUGGAUCAAAGCAACCAUACCUACCAAGAAACUGACCAAGAUAUACAUAACGCACGGCCACGGCGACCAUUUCUUCGGCCUGCCUCUCUUACUAAAAGAGUUUCCAGAAGCGGAAGCAAUCGCAACGAAAGGAACCGUAGAGCACAUGAAACAACAGAUCACUCCUCAACUGCUCUCCAAAACAUGGGAAAUCCAAUUCCCAGACCAAAUCGCAAAGCCAUUCAUCCUCGCAACCCCCUUACCCGAAAACGGAGAAAUAGAUCUCGACGGACACACUUUGCACGCCAUCGAUGUCGGCCAAGCCGACACCCACUCCUCGACCAUCCUCUGGGUACCGUCCCUCAAGCUCGCCGUGUGCGGCGACGUUGUGUACGGCACCGUGCACCAGAUGCUGGGCGAGUGCGAUACGCGCGCCAAACGCGAUGCUUGGAUAGCGUCUAUCCGCAAGGUCGGGGCGUUGGGGCCGGAGAUGGUGGUGCCGGGACACAAGAGGGCGAGUGAGAUGGAUGGGAGCUAUCAUCUUGCUGCUACAAGGGUUUAUAUCGAGACGUUUGAGGAGAUGUUGGGGAGAGCAAAGGAUGCGAGGGAGUUGGCGGGGUGGAUGCUGGAGAGGUAUCCGGAGAGGUUUAAUGAGGGGGCGUUGAUUGUGGGGUGUGUGAAUGCUUUUAGGGCUUUGAAGAGGGAGAGGGAGGGGAAGUUGUGAGGGAUGUUUGAAAAAUAUAUGAAGGAAUGAAUCUUGAAAACGCUGUGCUGCAGAACGAAG